AUGCCGACGCACGUCGCGGACGCGCGCUGGCGAUCGAUCGACGCGGAGAUCUCGAUCGUCGACGCGCGAGAGGUCGCGCGAAAGUUGUGCGCGGACGCGGUGCGCGGGUUGACAGACGCGGAGGCGAAGCGAGAGGCUUUGCGAUGGGUCGAAGAGCGCGCGCGGGCGGAGGCGACGCAGGCGCGGGCGCGGGCGACGCUGAGCGCGAACGCGCGAGAGGUGGCGGAACGACGGUUCUCGGAGGCGUUGCGUGAGCGGGAUGAAGAGGAGAGGGCGUUACGAGCGAUGCACGCGAGGGCGGUGGCGAAGGCUGAGACGGCGAUACGAAGGUUGGAGGCGCCGGAGACGCUCGAGCGGUGGCGCGAGCGAAGAGCGGAACGGAUUGCGAAGGAGGUCUCGGACGCCGUGGAGUGCGCCGUGGCGUUCGCUUUGGGUGGAGACGCGCUUGAGGUGGCGUGUGGGGGGGUAUUUGUGGACGCGUCGAGGAGGGGUGAAGCGGGAAGGUUGGCGCGCGUGGCGCUCGGAUACGUCAAUCGCGCACUCGAGGCGAGCGAGCGAGUGGGAGACUCGAGCGACAGAGAGACGCGUGCGUACGGUGACGCAUCGAUAGCGUUGGAGGCGUACUGUCAGGAUGUUGAGAACGACUUGCUGGAGCAGUUCUCGAAGGCGCUAGGUAGAAGGGCGUACGCGGAGGCGAAGACUGCUGCCGAGGCGCUUUUCAAUUUGAACGGCGGCGUGAGUGUCGUCUCGAGGUUCAUCGCGACUCGAGAGAUGUUCCUAUCCUCCGUCGCCAUGGAAGAGAUGCAGUCGGUGCGAGACACUGUGGAGCGAUCCCUAAGCGCAGAGAGGACGGGAAGCGAAUGUGUCGAGCGCGUCGAGCGCUAUUUCAACGAUAUUUGCGCGAUGGUGCGGAAAGAGUAUCAACAGUCCAUAAUCACGGCGUUCGGCUUUUCGAACGGCCGCGCAGUGAACGUUUUGAAUGUUCUCUUGCGUCGCAUCAUGGAACAGCGAAUCGGCUGCGUGGUCGAGGUCUUCCUGGGCGCCGCGAUUCGCAGUACAAACGCGCUUUGCCUGCGCCUCGCGCUCACGGCUACUACUCUUCGCGGGAUAAACGAACUGAAUCGCAUCGUGCGCGAGCUCACGAACGACCAUCUGGAUCUCGAAUUCAUCGAUUCGGACGCGUUUUUCGGGAUCGGGAGCGAGGCACUUCUCGACGACGAGUGUGCGUCGUUGGAUGCGGUGCCAAGUGACGACGAGCUGUUUUCCACUUUGUGUCUCAAUGUAAGCGACGAAUGCGCGAUGGAUGCGUUUGGUGAGCGUUUCAAGGAUGUCUUUCGCCGACUUGAAAUGUACAUGUCGGAGGAUUACAUUGGUGGCGCGCAGUUGCGCAUCAGCGAAGUGUUCAUUGCGCGAGUGACGCGACUUGCGCAAAGAAUGCUGCGUGAAACAAUUGCCAGUACGAGGGGCGCGAGCGCACGGUUCACAUCGUCUACGUCGCGAGAUGAAUCGCGCUCAGAAGUCUUUGAGCCUCUUUUGCGAGCGAUGUCGAACGUGAGCAAAUGGUUUCGUCGAACGAGCGAUUUCAUCGUGUCAGUGACGUCACGGCUCUCGAAAGGCACCGUGAACCAGACGUUGGCCGUUGCGCAAAAUCAACUCGCGAACGAUCUCUCUGAAGCACUCCAAGUCACAGCGACGCGCGCAGUCGCGCUAUUAGAUGUGAAGUUCCGCGGGAUACAACGCUUGGAUGACUUUGCAUCCGUUGAAGGUCGUGAGACGACCGCCUGCGCGGCCAUCAUCGAUGUUUUGCGUGGUCUGUCAGCAACCGCGAAAGACUGCCUCGAUUCGACGAAUGCUGAGUCACUCGUAAACGAAAUCGUGGAGCAAUUCUACUCCUUACUAUUCAUGCAUGUGUGCCGAUUCAAGUACAGCAUGCUUGGUGGGAUGCAGUUAAAACUUGAUUUAAACGCGUACGUCGAAUGGGCGCGUCAAGCUGGAGUCAAGCGUGCACUCGUGGUGAAACUCGAGGCAUUUUCGUUGAGGACAAAUGUCUUGGUCGUCAGCGCCGAUGCGGUUGACGUGUUGGUCCAGGAGCUAGAGAGCGAUGCAGGGAGCGACGAUAGCAAGGUAGAAAUCGGCAUGUUGAGAGAUCUACGAGCGGAUUAG